AUGUUUGGGGCUGCAACAGCCGCUUAUCAAAUAGAAGGUGGUUGGAAUGCUGAUGGCAAAGGAUGGUCAAUGUGGGAUUACAUCGUCCGAACCGAUCCCACCCAUAUUGCGGACAACAGAACUGGCGACAUCGCUGCUAACUCCUAUAAUUUAUACAAACGAGAUGUUGAAAUGCUUAAGGAACUAGGUGCCAAGGUCUACAGAUUUUCCAUUUCCUGGCCCAGAAUUCUGCCUUACGGCCGUGCGAAUUACGUCAAUCCGUAUGGUGUUGCCUAUUACAAUGCAUUAAUCGAUGAAUUGCUAGCCAAUGGUAUAACCCCGUUCGUCACAAUGUACCACUGGGACCUGCCCCAAAACCUCAGCGAGCAAGGUGGGUGGCAGAACGAGGAUAUAGUUGGGUGGUUCGAAGCUUAUGCGAGAGUUUUGUAUCAGCACUUUGGUGAUCGAGUGAAGCAUUGGUUGACUAUUAACGAGCCAUAUAUACACUGCUAUCAAGGCUUUGUUACAACGAGACAUGCUCCGCGGUGGCAUCUUCCUGCAACUGGCUUUUAUGAGUGCGGACGCCAUAUUCUUUUGGCGCAUGCGAAGGCCUAUCACUUAUAUCAAAAUGAGUUCAAAUCGCAGGGAGGGCAAGUUGGCAUUGUAUUAAGCAUGGAUUGGGCGUACCCAGAUACUGAUUCUGAAGAUGAUGCAGAAGCUGUGAAGGAUUACUUUGCAUUUCACCUUGGUCAAUUCAUGGAUCCCAUAUUUACGGAGCAAGGAAAUUAUCCGCAGCGACUCAUCGAUCGCGUCGCUAAUCGCAGCAUGAGCCAAGGUUUUUCAACAUCGAGAUUGCGCCCUUUCUCACAAGAGCAAAUAGAUCUCAUCAAAGGCACAUCUGACUUCCUGGCUUUAAAUCACUAUACAAGUGACAUUGUCUACAGGAAUGAUUCUGUCAUAGGGAUGUUCGAAGUACCUUCGUUUAGCGAUGACGCAGGCUUCGGCACCUAUAAACAUCCAAGCUGGCCCACAAGUUCGAGCCUUUGGUUGGUGGAACACGCCGAAGGGUUUUAUAAUCUCUUAUUGUACAUAAAAGACACAUACAACAGUCCCACGAUAUAUGUCACGGAGAAUGGUUUCUCGACGGGCACGGGGUUAAAUGAUGACGGAAGGGUUCAGUACUUAAGGAAUUAUUUGACCGCUUUGUCGGACGCUAUUGCUGCCGGUGUAGACGUGAGGGGUUAUUGUGCCUGGAGUCUAAUGGAUAAUUUCGAAUGGGCUUUUGGCUACAUACCUAGAUUCGGGCUCUACGAAGUGGACAUUGACGAUCCUGGUAGGCCGCGCACCCCAAGAAAGUCAGCGCUGGUCUAUAAAGAAAUUAUCAGUACUAGAACCAUUGAUUGGGAAUACAACCCCGAUCCUUACGCCGAAGCGAACAACUCUGUCUCUUUAAGACCCUAUUUAUUUAUAAUCAGCGUAGCCUUGCUCAAUGUAACCGUGGCUUGGUCUCCCAAGGGUGGGCUGCCCUUGGGAGACCAAGCCACGGUUACUAAGACCCUCAUCUACGACAAGGCGGAAACG